CUCAGGACCCAACGGCGAUGCCCAUUCCCGUCAUGGGCAGCUGCGUCCCAAUUGGGAUCAGGCUUCCGGGAAGGGGUGGCCGGAUCCUGCCCGCGGCCGCCGCACCGGGGACGGGACACGGCCAACCGGAAUCAUGGCAUCGCAGCUGGAAGGGGCCAUGGAGACGCUCAUCAACGUCUUCCAUCACUACUCGGGCAAAGAGGGGGACAAGUACAAGCUGAGCAAGAAGGAGCUGAAGGAGCUGCUGCAGAGCGAGCUGGGCUGCUUCCUGGAGACCCAGAAGGACACGGGUGCCGUGGAGAAGAUCAUGCAGGACCUGGAUGAGAACGGCGAUGGGGAAGUGGACUUCCAGGAAUACGUGGUCCUGGUGGCCGCCCUCACCGUGGCCUGUAACACCUUCUUCUGGGAGAACGCCUGACCCCCAUCCCGGCCGAGCACCCCCGAAGCACAGAGCAGCCCUUCCCCAGCUCUCCCCCUCCGCUUCCCAGCCCGCAGCAUCCCCUUGGCAUCCAGCUCCAUAAUAAAGGCACCGACCCAGC